GCUUUAUAAAAUCCCUCUUCACUAAAUGCUCUUUGCCUCUCUUUUCCUCUAAUCUCCUCACCUUUUGCGACUGUAUUUGCAGGUUUCUCUCUCUGCCCUAUAACUAGGGUUUCCUCUCUUAUUGAACUCUCACAUCUAAUAGUAAAGCUAGUUCUCAAGGAAUUUUCGUCUCUCUCUCUCUCUCUCUCUCUCUCUUUCUCUCUCAAUGGUUGCAUAGUCUUUUCUUCCUUUGGACAAGCAAACUAUAGAUCUUGAAGGAGCCUAGAGCAAAAUAUAAGGGUAGCAUUCCUGUUCUCCUCCUGAUCAAAGAAACCUAGUCACAGAAAAAAGGCCAAAAAAGUUAAAAGAAAAGAAGAUUGGAAGUUGCUGUGCGCGCUUCAUGAAAAAAGUGGCUAAGUUUUCUUGGUGUUUUGUGACUCUAUUUUCCAGCAUAUUACAUAGUGGAUGGCUUCUUCUAGCUAUUCAAAUCCUCCAUGUGCUGCUUGCAAGUUCUUGAGGAGAAAAUGCUUGCCAGAUUGCAUAUUUGCACCAUAUUUCCCACCUGAAGAGCCUCAGAAAUUUGCCAAUGUUCACAAGAUAUUUGGUGCAAGCAAUGUGAGUAAGCUGCUGAAUGAGGUCCUUCCUCACCAGAGAGAAGAUGCAGUGAACUCUCUUGCCUAUGAAGCUGAGGCAAGGAUGAAAGAUCCAGUGUAUGGUUGUGUUGGUGCCAUUUCAGUCCUCCAAAGGCAAGUCAUUAGACUUCAAAAGGAAUUAGAUGCUACAAAUGCUGAUUUGAUCAGGUAUGCUUGUAAUGAAAUCCCAUCAACAUUUGGAAGAUUUAGGAUGGGUCAUGGAGGAUCAUCUUCUGCUACUUCUUAUGAUCAAAAUUCUGCUCUUUAUUAUCCUUCUCCUUGGAAUAAUGACACUUGUGGUGACACUCAAGAGAAAAGAGAUCAUGGUAGCUUUUAGAUUUAUUUUUAAUUCAUCUUAUUUUAUUUUAUGUGCAAUAUUUUUAGUUGUAGCUAGAUACCCAUUUAGGGUUUCUUCUGUAAAAUUAAUUGCUAGCUUUGUACUAUGCAUGUUAUGUCAUUAAAAAAAAUAAUAUAUGGUUUGCUAUCUUGUAAAAA